ACAUCGCUGUCGGCCGGGGGUGUCACAGCACAUCGGCCGAGCGUGUCACAGCACAUCGCUGUCGGCCGGGGCCGCUGCCGGGGCCUGGAGCGCUGAGUUUGGCACGUUGCUAUGGCGAUGCCGCCGCAGUCAGCACCGGGCCGCCGCCAGCACAGAUACCAACAAUAUGCCCGUUGUAAAGCACCCCAGGAUUAGAAAGCCUCUCUUUCAUGAAUGGGACAGGAAAGCCCAGAAAUGUGGAUUAAGACACACAGUUUAUGCUGUAAAUGGGGAUCAGUAUACUGGAGAAUGGCAGGACAACUUGAAACAUGGUAAAGGCACCCAGAUUUGGAAGAACACAGGAGCUAUUUACAGCGGUGACUGGAAGUUUGGGAAGAGGGAUGGUUAUGGCACAUACAGCGUUCCUGACCCCGUGACCAAGGAGUACAAGAAGAUGUACACGGGCUGGUGGGAAAACGACCGAAGAGGUGGCCGCGGGAUGUACUUUUACUCCAACGGGGAGCGCUACGAUGGCGAGUGGAGCCAGGGUUUGCGGAGCGGCUGGGGAAAGAUGCACUACAAGGACGGCUCCGUCUACGAGGGACAGUGGCUGACGGAUAAACGCAACGGGCAGGGCGUGCUGCGGCUCCCAAAUGGAAACCGGUACGAAGGAGGUUGGAAAGAUGGCAAGAAGCAUGGCCCAGGGAAAUACUUCUACCCAGAUAAGGGACAGCUGUUAGAAGGUGUCUGGGUAGCAGAUAUCCCAAAGUGUGGAGCUCUGGUUGACUUUGGCAGAGACAACGCUUCAGCCCCUACUGAGUUUCCACUCCCAGAGAUUGAACUACAUGAUCCAGCUGCUGUUUUAGCAGAGGCCCGGGCAAUGUUUGAUGACAGCCAUGAAAAUUAACCAGGUGCAGAAGAAAAAAAAAAGAAAAAAAAAAAAGAAGAAAAAAAAAGAA